CCAUUUUCAGGUCACGUAACUAAAAUUUAAAAUGAGAAAACAUACAGCGUUUGAGAAAAACACAAAUGACGAUUUCAAGCCAGGAUCUCAUAACUGGUUGCUUCACGCGCGAUAUGUUCGAGGUGAACACGCUUUGUGCUUAGACUUGGCGGAGGAUUUGCAGAAACGGACUAACAAUACGCACAGAUAUGCGUAUUUUAUAAAGGGCGCAGUACUAGCUGACGCGGGGAAGUUUCAAGAGGCGGUAGACAGCUUCCACAGCUGCAUACGGCUACACCCACAAGACCCUGAGCCUCUGAAGCAGGUUGCUAAGUGCUUAUUUCGCCAAGGACGUUUUCAGUUGGCACUCGAAGCUUACUUGGAGGCUGACAAAUUGUCAAAGCACCCUGAUCCCGACAUCUACUGCGCUUUAGCGGAAUGUGCUUGGAGCUUAGGGGACCCGGAACAUGGCAUCGAGUGGGCGAGGGCGGGGGAGCGCGCGGGCGGCGGGGAGCGGGCCGGGGCGCUGCUUGCCAAGUUGCUGCAGGCUGUCGGAGACAUGAGUGGCGCUUUGGCAGCUUACGACCAUGCGCUGGCAACGCACGCGUGCGGAGCAGACACGCUCGCUGCAGCAGGCGCGUUGUGCCUACGCUGCUCGGCGCCGCGCCGCGCCUUCCAGCUGCUGGGCGAGGCGCUGUCGCAGCAGCCGGCCCAGCACGCCGCGGCUCUAGCGCUGGCCGCCAUGCUGCUGCAGCACAGAGACGUGGACGCGGGGCUAGCGCGGCUCAAAGCGGCCUUAAGCGCUCACCCGACCUGCGUCGCCGCGCAUUCUAACCUUGGACUCGCUCUGCUGACGAAGAAGAAGUUUGUUGCUGCAUUAACGUGUCUACAAAGGUCAGUGUGGGCAGCGCCGCUGAGCGCGCGGGCGGCUCACAACUUGGGCUACGCGCUGCUGAUGUGCAAGCGACCAGCCUCAGCGUUUUGUAGACUAGCCUGCUCCGCUGCACUGCAACCUACCCAGCACUACACUGUUCUUCUAAUAGCAAUAGCUCUAGAGCGGUUAGGGGACAGCAGAGCCGAUGCUGCCUACAUGCGCGCUGCAAGUCUGGCGCCACAGGACCCGUUGGUCAGGCUCAACCUGGCCGGCAGGCACGGCAGGGCUGGCAGGCUGCUGGACGCGGUGGAGGAGGCUAGGGUUGUCGCUGAGUUGCUGCAGAGGGCACCAGACGCUCAGUUGGCUAGUUCUCUAGCAACCCUCACGGCUCUGCUGCGCGACGCCGGUGCGACUCUGACAGAACUGUCCUCAAAUGUGGCGGACCGCACCACAGAUGCUAAUGCAGACAACUCGCAAGCGACGGGCGAGCCAACCCUUGCACCGGAUGAAGUUUAAAGAAUGAAGUAUUUUACUGAA